AUGACAUCGUUUGGGUCUAUCAAAUCCACCAUUUUCGACAAAGAAGAGAGAAAACAGCAGUACCAGUGGCAUAUUCGAGGCCUCAAUGCAUACGACCGUCACAAAAAAUUCAUCAACGACUACGUUAAUUUUUAUGGAAAAGAAAGACCUUCAAACUUAAAGUUGCCUAUUAAAACAGAUCAAGAUACACUAAGAGAAGGAUACAGAUUCAUCCGGUCAGAAGAAGAUGAUAUGAAUCCAUCGUGGGAACAAAGGCUAGUCAAGCGAUAUUAUGACAAGCUUUUUAAGGAAUACUGCUUAGCUGACAUGUCACACUUCAAGAGUGGUAAGAUUGGUCUCAGGUGGAGGACAGAGAAGGAAGUCAUGUCUGGCAAGGGUCAGUUCAUAUGUGGUAACAAACAUUGCAAUGAUAAAGAUGGGUUAGCAAGCUAUGAGGUAAACUUCUGUUACUUUGAAGCUGGAGAAAACAAACAAGCCUUAGUUAAAUUGGUAACAUGUGAGCGAUGUGCAUGCAAACUCAACUACAAGAGGCAGAAAGAAAAGGAACAGUUAGAGAAAAGGCAACAAGAUCAGGAUAGACGAAAGAGGAAUCGUUCUAAGAGUGAUGAUGAUCUAGAUGACUACCAAGAAAGCAAAGAGAGGAGAAAAGGAAAAAAGGCUUUGAUGUCAUCCAGUGAUCACAAAAUUGACAAUGGUGAUAAUGAUAAUGAUAGCUAUGACGAGUUUCUUGAGGGGAUGUUUCCCUGA